AUGUCCAGCGAAAUAAGUUUUUGGGAAAAAUACAAAGAUAAAAUUUAUAUUUUCGGCCAUGUCUAUGCCAAUUUGUAUGGCCUGGUGGUCAUCAAUUAUAUUCCAACAAUACCAACCAAAUCAUUUAAGCAUUAUUUAGCUGUUGUCUAUAGUCACGUUGUGAGUUUUGUUGUGAUUCUGAUAUUACCCCUGUAUUUCGUGUACUCUAUACACGAUUUGGUGGAGACCAAAGAUCGUCGUUGGCAGCUGCAGCUGGUGGUGAACUUCUCCAAUACCUUGAUUAAAUACUGUAUGGUCGUGAUAACUUAUAUUGCCAAUUUUGUUCACUACAAGGAUAUACGCCAGAUAACCCAACAUCGCCAAUGGCUGGAGGACGAAUUCAAUCGUUCCAGUGUCGGAAUGGAUGAGGUGCCACGCAAACGUUUUGAAUUUAUGCUGCUAUUCAAAUUCGGCCUUAUUAAUGCCAUGAUGUUGGUACAAGUCGCACAGAUAUUGAAUGAAUAUUUCCUCGGUGGCCAUCCGGUCAGGGUGUAUUUUCAAAUUUACACUUUCUUUUUGUGGAAUUACACCGAAAAUAUGGCCGAUUAUUUUUAUUUCAUUAAUUGUUCCGCAUUGAAAUUCUAUCGUCAACUGCAUCAGAAGUUGCAACAAAUGGUGGAGGAGAAUCGAAGUUUUGUUGUCUACUGUAGACGUAGAAAAAGGGCAGGGUUGUUGGGCCAACUAUGCUGUGUGUUGAGUGAUCGUUUACAGGAGUUUGGAAAAUGUUAUUGGCAAAUUUAUGAUUUAUAUAAGGAUUCGAUUCGACUACAUCAAUUUCAAAUAUUGGGUUUGAUUUUCACCACCUUGAUAAGUAAUUUAACGAAUUUAUUUACAUUGUUUAAUUUGCUCUUUAAACACCAUAGUGAAUACAAUACGUUGACGGGUAUUUUUUUACAUUUUAUUUUUGCCAUAAUAUUCUAUAUUGACACCUAUAUUGUGACCAUGAUCAGCGAUCAGAUUGAAAAUGAAGUGAAGGCGAUAAAGAAGACGUUAAAGGAAUUUGCCGAAAUUCCGGGGUUAGAUUGGCGUUUGGAAGAAACGCUCGAAAAUCUCUCCCUCGCAUUAAUAACAUUUGAUGGUCGUUUUCGCAUAUGCGGCUUAUUUUAUUUGGAUCGACAUUUAACAUUUCUAACUGCAGCCACUGGCUUAUCGUAUUUUAUUACUUUAGUACAAUUCGAUAUUAAUUGGAAUAAUUUAAAAUAAGUUAUUGUUUUUUUUGUAAUUG